AUGGGGAAGAAAAUUGCUAAGAAAAUCACUUGGACGAUCAAGAAUUUCUCCUCUUUACCACCUGCCAAAAUUUAUUCUGAUCAAUUCGAAGUCGGUGGCUGCAAAUGGUGUCUUCUUGCCUAUCCUAAGGGAAAUAGCGUUGAUUUCUUGUCUUUGUAUCUGGAAGUCGCCAGUUAUGGAUCAUUGCCUUCUGGAUGGAGAAGACACACCCGAUUUAUCCUAACUAUAGUUAACCAAAUUUCGGAAAUAUCUUCCCAUCCAAAAAAAGAAACACAACACUGGUUGGAUGAGAAUUCCCCCAACUGGGGUUUUCCAUCCAUGCUUCCACUUAAUGAACUUCAUGCCAAAGAUAACGGAUUUAUGGUAAACGGAGAACUCAAGAUUGUUGCCGAGAUACAUCUUCUUGAAGUCAUUGGCAAAUUAGAUGUAACAGAGGAAACUUCAACAGUCACGGAAACCAUGGAUGUUAAUGGUUUUCAACUUCUUCCUUCGCAGGCAAAAGCUGUGAUCUGUAUGUUUGAGAGACAUCCAGAGAUUGCAACUGAAUUCCGUCCAAAGAACCCAAAUCUUAGGAAAGGUUACAUGAGUUUGCUACUUAGUCUGAUUGAGACUAUGUGCCAGUUACCUCAGGAAAUAUCCAAGGAUGAUCUGUGUGAAGCUUAUGCUGCACUGGGCCUCAUGAGAGAUGCUGGAUUUAAGUUGGAUUGGUUGGAGAAGAAACUUGAUGAAGUAUCAGAAAAGAGCGAAAAUGAGGAGGCUCGUGAGACUCAGAUGAAAGAAAUGGAGGAAGAGCUGAAGAACUUGAAGCAGAAGUGGUUAGACAUGGAAGCUCUGGUGGAGAAGGAGAAGGCGAAGGUGUCGGCUGCAAAAGCUCCUCUCUCAUUUGAUGAUGUUGUUUAA